CAGGAAACAGGUUGUUCCUGUUCAGUUCACACUGUGAGGAGACACAGAGACUGACAGAAAGAAGCUUCACUCAGAAAUAAAAUGGCUUCCAGAUCAGAGGAGGAGCUCUGCUGUCCGGUCUGUCAUGACAUCUUUAGAGAUCCUGUUGUUCUGUCAUGUAGUCACAGCUACUGUAAAGACUGUCUCAAGAGCUGGUGGAGAGAGAAAAUAACACGUGAGUGUCCAGUUUGUAAGAGAAGGUCUUCAAGGGCAGAACCACCUUGUAACCUGGUGUUAAAGAACCUGUGCGAGGCCUUCGUACAGGAGAGAGAUCAGAGAUCUUCAGAGGGUCUCUGCAGUCUGCACUCUGAGAAACUCAAACUCUUCUGUCUGGACCAUCAGCAGCCAGUGUGUCACAUCUGCAGAGAUUCAGAAAAACACUCCAAACACAGAUUCAAACCCAUCGAUGAAGCUGCACAACAACACAAGAAGGAACUUCAGAAAUCUCUGGAGCCUUUAAAGGAGAAGUUAAAGGUUUUUGAACGAGUUAAAGUGAAGUUUGAUCAAACAGCAGAACACAUGAAGGUCCAGGCCCAACGCACAGAGAGGUUGAUUAAGGAGCAGUUUAAGAAGCUUCACCAGUUUCUAGAAGAGGAAGAGGAGGCCAGGUUGGCUGCACUGAAGGAGGAAGAGGAGCAGAAGAGUCAGAUGAUGAAGGAGAAGACGGAGGCUCUGAGCAGAGAGAUAGCAGCUCUUUCAGACACAGUCAGAGCCACAGAGGAGGAGCUGAGAGCUGAAGACGUCUCAUUUCUGAACAACUACAAGGCUGCAGUGGAAAGAGUCCAGCAGCGCCCCCUGCUGGAGGAUCCACAGCUGCCCUCAGGAGCUCUGAUAGACGAGGCCAAACACCUGGGCAACCUGACCUUCAACAUCUGGAACAGGAUGAAGGACAUGGUCUCCUACACUCCUGUGAUUCUGGACCCAAACACUGCUCAUCCAAACCUCAUCUUGUCUGAAGAUCUGACCAGUGUGAGAGGAGGAGGGAAUCAGCAGCUUCCUGACAAUCCAGAGAGGUUUGGUUAUUCCUGGUCUGUUCUGGGCUCUGAGGGCUUUAACUCAGGGACUCACAGCUGGGAUGUCGAGGUUGGAGACUGUGCAUACUGGAGACUGGGAGUGUUAGCAGAGUCAGCCCAGAGGAAGGGACUUAUACGGUCUGGAUUAUGGGAAAUAGAUUUCUGUGGAGGUAAAUACUCAGCAGAGUCACCAUCAGGACACACUGUUCUCCGAGUUCAGACGAAGGUCCAGAGGAUCAGAGUGAAUCUGGACUGCAACAGAAGAAAGCUGUCAUUCUCUGAUUUUGAUACUAACAGACACAUGCACACCUUCACACACACUUUCACUGAGAGGAUGUUUCUAUACAUUGAAACUGAUGAAAAACUGAAGAUGUUAGCAAUGAAGGUAAGGACAGUGAAACAGAGCAGGUAGAGAGUUAUGAUUUUAUUCAUGAUGUUUUAUUCUUAAAACUAUAAUGUAUAACAUUUCCUCGUUAAACAGUUUAAACACCCUAGAGCUAUGUUUUAUAUGUAGUUGUGUACUAACAUUAUUCCAAAUGUUUCCAACAGAAAUCUGUCAUUUUAUUCAAAACUGUAUGUUUCCUACUUGCCUGUUGCGGUUUUACCUGCUGGGUAAAUGCGGUAUAUGUUAGAUACAUCGGCGAGUGAGGAAGGAAGUCUGCAAGUGGGUAUAAAUGUAACACGAAUACAACUUUAAAGCUUUACAUUAGUAUAUUGUUUUUAUGUGAGAGAGGCAGAAAUUAAAUACUGUACAUUUAAAGGUGAAAGUCACUGAACUGAACCUGUUAAGCUGCACCAGCUGUCAUUAUUGCAAACUUAUGUUUAUUUUUCUUUCACUUUUUUAUAUAAUAAUUUUUAAUUAUUCAUUAUUUAUUAUUUUGACUUGUGUGUGUGGAGCCACGAAGACCAGUAACCGCUCUGCGGAAGCUAAAUGGAUACAGAUAAUGAAAAAAUUAUCAUUUUAUCAAUGACUGAAAAAUAACUGGCUGCACAAACAUGCAGUCAGUUUUCUAUUUGAUGUAUAUAUAGUCGAGAUAAUUUUGUCUGCAUAUGUAUUUUCAUUCAUUUCCAUCAGUUGAAUGCUGCUGUUUGUCAUUUAUUCACAGGAGUUGAUCUAUUUAAGGUGGACAUUUUAUGUUUAAGGUGGAACUUUAUGGUUUAGAGGUCCAUGGCUUCUUGAUCUCUCUGGACAUAACAAUUUUUUCAUUAUCUGGAUUUGAUGUGUACAAAUAAAAAGUAAAUGUUAAUUUA